CCAGCGUGUAUCACAAGCGAGAUCUGCGUGAACAACCCACGGCACAGGGACAGGGUGCUGCAGGAGCUGAACCCUGCACAGUCACAAGCUGGAUGGGAGCACAGCCGCCCUCAGCCCUUAUCACCGGGAGGAGGGGGCUGCAGGGCGCAUCACUGCACGUUCCAGGGGGGUCGUCACCUCCGUGAUUUUUAAUUGAUUUCAGCUUUCACAUUAACCUGUGUGAGUUGAGUCUACAGAGACAAAGCCGCAGCCUUGUUUGCUGGAUAUGGGAGGACCCAGAGCACUGGCGCCGCUCCGCCAUCUUCCCCUGCCCUAGCCAGCGACCGGUCACUAUUAAACCAGCUGGGCAAGAGGCGGCUGCACUGCGGCUUCCCAGACGGCGUGCAGGGCCAUGGCGACCUACGUGCAGCUGAGCACCACAGCCAAGAUGCCCCUCGUGGGGCUGGGCACCUGGCAGUCUCCAGCUGGGAAAGUAACAGCUGCAGUGAUGGCUGCCAUCGAUGCUGGGUACCACCACUUUGACUGUGCCUACGUGUACCAGAAUGAGAAAGAAGUUGGGGAAGGGAUCCACCAGAAAAUCAAGGAACGUGUUGUGAAACGAGAAGACCUCUUCAUUGUCAGUAAGCUGUGGUGCACAUUUUAUGAAAAGCCUCUGGUGAAGGGAGCCUGCCAGAAGACUCUUGCUGACCUGAAACUGGAUUACCUGGAUCUCUACCUCAUGCACUGGCCUCUUGGGUUCAAGGCAGGAGAUGAGCUGUUUCCCAAAGAUGACAAAGGCAUGUCUAUACCUAGCAACACUGAUAUUCUACAGACAUGGGAGGCCAUGGAAGAGCUGGUGGAUGCUGGCCUGGUAAAAGCCAUUGGAAUCUCCAACUUUAACCAUGAGCAGAUUGAAAGAAUCUUGAACAAACCAGGACUGAAGUACAAGCCUGCAAAUAACCAGAUUGAAUGUCAUCCAUACCUCACCCAGGAGAAGCUGAUCAAGUACUGUCAAUCCAAAGGUAUUGCUGUGACAGCAUACUGUCCCCUUGGCUCUCCUGACAGACCAUGGGCUAAGCCAGAGGACCCUUCCCUUCUGGAUGAGCCCAGGAUCAAAGAGAUUGCAGCCAAGCACAACAAAACACCAGCACAGGUUCUCCUUCGCUUCCAGACGCAGAGAAAUGUGAUUGCAAUUCCCAAGUCCAUCACACCACAGCGCAUUGUGGAGAACCUCAAGGUGUUUGACUUUGAAUUGACUAAAAAGGAGAUGGCAACCAUUCUCAGCUUUAACAGAAACUGGAGGAUCUGUGCAAUGAGCAUGUCCAAAACUCACAAGGAGUACCCUUUCCAUGCAGAAUACUGAAGAUGCUUGUAACAUGGCCUUCACUAGACCUCUGGUGUCUCACGUGCCUCUGCUCUAACUUUGAGCUGUCUAUUUAUCUAGUUUUCUUACUGCAUCUGCCUUGCUGCUGCUAGUGAAGACAUGAGAUGUUUAUCCCACGAAAUUUGUUUGAGUUCUUUUUUUGGAAGAAGGAAAAAGUAUUUUCUACAGAUCAAAAUGUGGGGUGUAAUAAUUUUCUGCUUAUUAGAAGAGAGGAUUACUAUUGAAGAGCCUAAGCAGAGGUGCUAAGCAGAAAAUGGGGAGAGAGUUUGUACCACUAUUCGGUGAUUGCCUUCAGUCUUGCAUCAGCAGAAACCAGAUGUUGACAAACCCCAUGCAUCCACAAUU